CAAGCAAGCAAGUCAAAGAGCAGGAAAGCAAUCAACUGAAAGCAAGCUUGUUCUACGAUUGCACGUCGUGCCCUAAAGCAACUACCAAUACUCGACAGACCGAGGCUCGUCGACGGCGAGCAUUCCCCCGAGCCAACACCCCCAACCGACAAGAUUCCUCCCACAACGAGGAAGCGGAAAGCCGCUGAGGCGAGGAUAUCUACAGACACCGGCGAAGCGCUUCCUAGUAAGCGAGCCGUCGCCUCAGCUGCUACCACCCACCCAGCACCCCCGACUCCGAUUACCGGUAUGGAUUCUGACGAAGACUUUGUCUCAACCAUCUCUAGCGGGGAUGAUGGGAUGCAAGACGAUACAGAUAACGAUGACUUGUCGGGCGUUGAGGACUACGAUGUUUUUGACGACGAACCAGACGAUCUACCCGAUGAUCCAUCCAAUAAGUCUGAUAAGAAGAAGGGUACCUCGUUCGACAUGAGUUACAAGGUCUACGAUCCUCAAGCUAUUCAGCUCCAGCAAGAAGAGAUGAUAAAUGAAGUAAACCUGAUUUUAGAAAUGAGAAAGGAGGACGCCGCCAUCUUACUACGCCAUUUUCGAUGGAACAAGGAACGGCUGAAUGAGGAUUAUCUAGACAACCCAGCCAAAGUCCUGGAGGAGGCAGGUCUAGGGCCCAGUUCGAGUGGGCCUCCUAAAUUAGAGGUCAUACCCGGUUUCAUGUGUGACAUCUGUUGCGAGGACGAAGAGGGGUUACAGAGCUUUGCUAUGAAAUGUGGUCACCGGUACUGCGUCGAUUGCUACUUGCAGUAUCUAACACAGAAAAUUCGCGAGGAAGGCGAGGCAGCUCGCAUCCGAUGCCCUGCCGAAAGCUGCCAACGAAUUAUUGAUGCCCGGUCACUGGAUUUGCUAGUCACGCCCCAGUUGGCCCACCGAUACCAAGAACUUUUGAACCGGACCUAUGUUGAAGACAAGGAUAUACUUAAGUGGUGUCCAGCACCCGACUGUGAAAACGCUGUCGAGUGCGCUGUCAAGAAGAAGGAUCUGGACAAAGUUGUGCCAACCGUGGUCUGCGAAUGUGGCAAUCGGUUUUGCUUUGGCUGCAUACUCAACGACCACCAGCCGGCACCUUGCGAGCUUGUGAAGAGGUGGCUUAAGAAGUGUGCCGAUGAUAGUGAGACGGCCAAUUGGAUCUCGGCGAAUACUAAGGAAUGCCCGAAAUGCAACUCGACAAUAGAGAAGAACGGAGGUUGCAACCAUAUGACCUGUCGCAAGUGUAAGCACGAGUUCUGCUGGAUGUGCAUGGGGUUGUGGUCUGAACAUGGUACGAGCUGGUACAACUGCAACCGUUUUGAGGAAAGAAGCGGAACUGAAGCACGCGACGCGCAGGCUAGGUCACGGGUGUCCUUGGAACGUUAUCUACACUACUAUAACCGAUACGCCAACCACGAGCAGUCGGCACGUCUGGACAAGGACAUAUACCAGAAGACGGAGAAGAAGAUGGUUCAGCUGCAGACUGCGUCGGGCAUGUCCUGGAUUGAAGUACAGUACUUGAACUCAGCGUCACAGGCAUUGCAAACAUGUCGCCAGACGCUCAAGUGGACUUACGCCUUCGCCUUCUACCUCGCCCGAAAUAAUCUCACCUCGAUAUUCGAAGAUAAUCAAAAGGACCUCGAACUCGCCGUUGAGGCAUUGUCGGAGAUGUUCGAGAAGCCGAUCUCGGAGCUAUCGGAGAGCAAGCUCAAGGGGGAUAUCAUGGACAAGACGUCAUAUUGUAAUCGCCGUCGGGUGAUCCUGUUGGAGGAUACGGCAGAGAACCUCGCAAACGGGCGGUGGACCUUUAACGUAGAUUUGAAGAGCACGGGGUCUGGGGUUGGCAGUAUCAGCACUCGCGGAUAAAUUGUAUUGUAACGGCAAUAGAUAGACGUGAGCAUGAUCGGAGUUUUGAGGGUGCGAUAUCAUUUGUGCGAUUGCCAAUUUAUCUUUACUCAGGCUGUGCACUUUUGCUUGCGUCUCACGACUACAUAGAGAGAACGUGUGAUAUUUAC